ACGUUGCUAACGAGAUUAUCGAUUAAUUCAUAAUCGAGAAUGCACAAUCGAAAUUCGAUAGAAGAAACAAAUCGAUUAUUUUCAUCGAUUACAAUAUCGAGUUUCGAGAAAGUGGAGUCGCGUGUUUUUGCUGAGCUGGAUUGUGUUUACAUCCUAGAAAACUGUUUAUCACUCCGUCCUCCCCUCCCUUAAUCCGAAUCACAAGCUGUGCAGUGGCUAUACACACGCAUAUACAUACUAUAGAUAUUUUUUUUUUUUUUUGGAAAAUCGCGUAGCUUUAAACGGCCCGGAUUUCCCUUUCUUUCGAAUGUUAAUAUUACCUCCCGGACAUUUUACUAUUUUUUGAUCGUACUUUUGGUCGAGAGUAAGCAUCGUGAGGUCUGAACGCGUUCGAAAAGAAGAAAGGAAGCAGCUUAAUUUUUUGGAAAAAUGAAGGUGACGGUAACAACCCUGAGCGACGAUAUCUUCGUCUUGGAUGUCAGUGAAGAUCUCGAAUUAGAGAAUUUUAAGGCCUUCUGCGAAAUCGAAAGCGGCGUACCGGCCCACGAAAUCGUCAUUGCAUUCAACGGCCUACCAUUAAUGGACGAUAAGAAGUCUCUUAAGGACCAUGGCAUUCGUGAUGGUGACGCUGUUAUUCUACAACACAUGCAUCAGAGUGGCACGGACUUGAGCAUUAACCCCUUUAACGGAGUUAUUCCUAGAUUGGACUUCAGUUCCAUCAGAGUACCAGGAACAUCGAACAAUAGGCAAAUACCAAUUCCAAUUCCAACUUCAGCUGCAAAUAGUGCUGCACAUAGAAUACAAAAUCCACGUAGCGAAGAUGAUCCAGCAAUGAUAAGAGAUAUGUUCUUGGCAAAUCCAGAUCAACUGGCAUUGCUUAAGCAAAAUAAUCCUAGAUUAGCGGAUGCCCUGUUGUCUGGGAAUUUAGAUAGAUUUUCGAUUGUAUUGAGGGAACAAAUCAAGGUCAGGGAAGAACGACAAGUACAAAGAUUAAGAAUGAUGAAUGCAGAUCCGUUAGAUACCGAAGCACAAAGACUGAUUGCAGAAGAAAUUCGGCAGAAAAAUAUUGAAGCAAAUAUGGAAGCAGCUAUGGAAUAUAAUCCUGAAACAUUUGGCACUGUUGUUAUGUUGUAUAUUAAUUGCAAAGUUAAUGGAUUUCCUGUUAAAGCAUUUAUUGACUCAGGUGCACAAACAACGAUAAUGUCUGCAGCUUGUGCUGAACGAUGUCACAUUAUGCGUCUAGUUGAUACUAGAUGGGCUGGAGUAGCCAAAGGUGUUGGUGUUCAACGCAUCAUUGGACGAAUUCAUAUGGUUCAAAUUCAAAUUGGUAAUGACCAUCUUACAACAUCCUUUAGUGUACUCGAAGAACAAAGGAUGGAUAUGUUACUUGGUUUAGACAUGUUGAAAAGGCAUCAAUGUUGUAUAGACCUAAAAUCAAAUAUAUUGAAAAUAGGAACCACAGGAACUGAAACUUCAUUUUUAGCAGAAGGUGAUUUACCAGAAUGUGCAAGAUUAAGUGGUAAUAGCGAUGAAUCAUUGGACGAUAGAGAUCUACACAGGGCUUUAGAAGAUAGUACAAGAGAAGCAAAGAAGCAAAGACAGUUACACGAAAGCCAAGGCCACAGCAAUUCGGUUGGUGCAUCUUCAUCCAACAGAUUGGCUACGUUAGAGACUACCAUUUUUUUACAUGAUCCAUUUAAUGAAGCAACAGUAAAAGAAAUUGAAGCGUUAGGUUUCGGUAGAGCUCAAGUAAUUAGCGAGUUGCGCAGGUUUAAUGGCGAUAAAGCACAAGCUACAGCAGCAUUGUUUGCAAAAUCCUUAAAAUUCUAAUGAUGAAACCUAUCAUAUACAAUAUUUAGCAAUACUAAUAAAAAUCUGUGAAUAUAUAAUAAGAAAAAGAUGCAUUAAGAAGACAUUGCGAUGGACAUGUAGCAAAGUUUAUACCUGUAAAUUUAUACCUGUUUUUACAUAGCAAUUUUCCAUAACGUUCAUGUUAUACUUAUUGACUAAAACUAAUGACGUUACAAAAAAAUAAUCUUUUAGAAUGUUCUGUAUAACAGGUUGAUAAAAUACUUAAUCAAUGAUUUAUGUAUAUUAAGUUUAAUGCGUAAACUUAUAUAUAUAUAAAAAAAAAAAAACCCUAAAAAUAUAAAGGGGGGAAAAAAAUCAUAAGAUUUUAUACAAGCGAUGAAAAGAUAUUAAUAUUGAAAAAAGUUAAUCCCUGAUACAGUAAAAAGUUAAGGAGUGCUUGUCAUGAUAAUUUACAUUAUGAUUUAGAUAUUUGUAAGUAAAAAAAAAAAAAAAA